CAGCCUUCUUUUGCAAAUGGGAUUUUCCGGGUUGUAAUUGAAAUUACGGAAUUACCACGUCGUAUCCAUUUAUAGAAAUGAUUUAGCUAUGUAAUGUUGAGUAAAGGACAAAUGUUACACAAUCAGCAGUAAGAUGGCUGCAGUGCAAGUGCUACAAUGCUCCAGGAGUGAGGUAGACACCUUUCUCCGUGGAGAGAUUUUAGGCGAAAAAUUUCAUGAACUGUUUGGAGCAAUAGAGGAAACUAACAGCAAAAAUAGAUCAUUAAAAAAGAAAAAGAUCAGAAAAUUGAAGAAGACUAAAGAACAAGAAAAGAAUGCGAGAGAAAAAAGUCCAGAAGAUCAUGACAUUACCACUACAUCUAUUGAGCUACACGGCAAUGCAUCAGCGUUUAAUGUGUAUGCUAGUGUUCGACAACAUGUAUUACAACAGUGCUUACGAGACACAGCAAAACUUUACCGUCUUGCUAAUCAAGACAAUCAAUCAGGGUCAGAUUCAGAGGAAGACAUGGAUGAGAAAACUAAAGAUGCUAUCAUUAAGAUACCCAAGAUAGUGGGAUUAGGAUUAAGUGGUGUAUUUGAGUUAAUCAGAGAGACAAGAUUAAAAUAUCCAGAACUCUGUGUAAAAGCCUUGAGGGCUUUAUUAGAUCUUUCACAGGGCCAACAACCAGAGGGAAUGAAAACAGAACCACCAGAGGUUGUAGAAAAUUUAUAUAAUUUAUUAAUGGAGAUUGCCACAAGUUCUUCCUCUUCUCAAUCUGGUAAAGUUCAGGAAGAGACGUCCUUAGCGUGUUCUGCUUUAAUAAGUUUAACAAUAGCUUUAGGUGAUACUGGUAAACUACUCACAGCUGUCUCAGCUUUGCUCAUGAACCCAGCUUCAAUUUCAUCUCAAGAAAUAAAGGUUCCAGGAAUAUUAUCCUCCCUCCAAAAAAGUGUUCAUUCUGUGUUACUUGGUAAAUGUCAACUACCAGACUGGUUUAAUCAAGGUGUAAAGAAAAAGGCAUUAACUCAAAGUUUUACCCUUGAUACACUAAAAAAAGAUAAAAACUAUGUAGAGAAAAAUGCUGUUGCUAGUGAUGGAUGUUAUUUGUAUAUAUUAAAUAAACAAGGUCUGUUUAAAGUUGGAUCUGGUUAUGGUGGAACUGUCAUGGGACAUAUCUAUAACAGUAAAGAAGAUUUUCCGGUUGAUGACAAUACAUGGUUAGCCUUCGCAGGGGGUAAACUGUUAUGUCGUAUGGAUAAAUGGGCAACAACGUCAUUAUUUGUUGUAAACCGAGAGACUUUAAAUACAGAAAACAGUUAUGUUUUAGAAGGUUCCAAUACAGGUCCAAUGGUGUUAUUCAGUGAUGGAGAAACUGUUGGUCAAGUUGCUCCAGAUAAAGAUGAUUGUUUUGUGGUUAGAACUUAUAGUAUGGACAAGACACCAUUAACUGUUACACAUGAGAUACCAUUGAAACUAACGAGAAAAUGUAUGGAUAUGUUUGGUUCUAAUAGUAAUGAUAUGGAAAUUGGUAGAAGAUCUUUAAUUACUGGAUUUGAUGAAGAUACAGCUAGUAUUGUUACAGGAAAAGAAUUCUCUCUUAUCAGAACUAUGGGUGGAAAGGUUUUAUACAAUGGUAGAGCUUCUUCACUUGGUAUAAAACAAUCAGCACCAUCUCCUAAUAAAUGGACAGAAUUACCUAUAACUAAAUCACCUAAAAUUGUCCAGAUAUCUAUGGGGCAUGAAGGACAACAUGCUUUAAUGGUAGCAGAAGAUGGAAGUCUGUUUUUUGUAGGAACAGCCAAACGUGGAGAGGAUGGAGAAUCGAGUUUGUCAAAAGGAAGAAAAGCACCUAAAGCAGUAAAACCUAAAAAGAUGAUAAAGUUAGAAUCUAAGACUAUUGUAUAUUCAGCUUGUAAUACAGGUAGUAGUGCCGUUAUUAGUAAAGAAGGAGAAGUUUAUAUGUUUGGUAAAGAUACAACACAUUGUGAUCAUAGUACAGGACAUGUUUCAGAGCUUAAAGAUGUCUUCAUCACCCAGAUAGCGUUAGGUAAGGCCCAUGCAGUGGCACUAACGAAUAAAGGACAAAUUUAUACAUUUGGUAUUAAUAAUAAAGGUCAGUGCGGAAGAGAUUAUACACCUGGUGCUUCAAGAGAAGCUAUACCGAGUCAGAAUGUAACAAUGGCUGAAGAGGAAGAAGAUAAUGAUGCUGAAGAUAAUCUUUGUCCAGCAGGUAAACAUCAUUGGAAACAUGAUCAAUGUAUGGUAUGUAGUGUUUGUGGUGAAUGUACUGGUUAUGGUGUUAGUUGUGUUAAUAGUGGACGAGCUGAUAAAAACCCAGGAAUGCCAUGUGGCUGUGGUUCAGGAGACUCUGGUUGUUCAGAUUGUGGAGCUUGUCGGGUCUGUGCUGGAGAAAAACUAGAAUUAGAAGAACUGGAUGAAAGAGGCUUACUGGAAGUUUUUUCUAAAGAUAAAGAGCUGUUACCGCUUGAUAUAAUCAUUGGACGUCAUGCUGCUAGACCAAUAGAACAAAUGGGUAGACGAUGGGAACAAAAAGUAGAAUUAAGAAGAGCUCAACAAAAACUAGCUAGAGAAAAACGUCAAAAAGAUGGAGGAGCGGAUCAGGAUACAGAAUAUACUAAAUUAGUAAGUUUACCACCUGCUGAAAUAACAGUUGAUAAUGGUGAAAUACCUGUAACACAGAUAGCUUGUGGUCUACAUCAUACAGUGCUAUUACUACAGAAUGGAGAUGUUUAUACAUUUGGUAAUAAUUCAUCUGGACAACUAGGGUUAGGAGAUAUGACAGUCAGAGGAACACCAAAUAAACUACAAUUACCUCUACCUGCUACACAGAUAGCUGCUGGUAGUACACAUACAGUUAUAUUAUUAUCUAGUGGAGAAGUCUAUACAUGUGGUAAUUAUCCCAAGGGAGCCAUAGGUCGAGUGAGGAGUGAAUAUGUAAAAAAUAAAGCUUAUGCCACUUCACCUUUUAAUACCCUACCUGCACCAAUAUCUGCUGUUGGUGCUAGAUGUGGUCGACGUGCUACAUGGGUUGGUGCCAGUGGUGAUCAGACAUUUAUGAGGAUUGAUGAAUCGUUAAUUAACGCCCAUACAUUAUCUAAAUCUAAUGUAUUUGCUAGUUCUACAUGUAUAGGAUUGAUCCCAAAAGGAGAAGACCAUGCUGGUUUGAUGAAAUGUUUAAUGAUAAGUAAAGUUGAUGGUGGGUGUAAAAGUUUUAGUGGAAAUGAACAAGUUGAUUUAAGUCAACAAGCUGUUUGUUUAGAUCCAGUCUAUGAUGUAUUGUGGGGAUAUUCAUCAGCAACCCAAGAAUUACAAUGUUAUAAUGUUUUAUCAACUGAUGCUCGAGAUCUACGAUUGAUAGAUCCAGGAUAUUGUCAUAUAUUUUCACCAGAAUUAGCUGUACCAACCAGAAUGGGAUGUAAAGCCUCCCGCUCACAUUGUGCUUUACAUAUACUAGGUUGUUUGGAUACUCUAACUAUUGCACGACAGCUCAAUAUUCAAGUUGCUGAAGAAACAAAAGAAAAACUGACAACCACCAAAGUUUAUUCUAAAGAAGAUUUCUCUGUCCUUAAUCGUUUUGAAAGUCAUGGUGGAGGUUGGGGUUAUUCAGGUCAUUCUAUAGAAGCUAUAAGGUUUAUGUGUGAUACAGAUGUAUUAAUAGGUGGACUCGGAUUAUUUGGGGGUAGAGGAGAAUAUUUUGGCAGAAUUAAGUUAUUUGAACUUGGUGUUGAUGGAGGUGAAAAUGAAAUAGAUGGAGAACAAUUAGCAGAAACAGAAGAAUUGCCAUAUGAAUGUGGUCCAAGAGAGAAGUAUGCUGUGUUAUUUGAUGAACCUAUAUUAAUACAAGCUAAUGUAUGGUAUGUAGCAUGGGCUAGAAUAUCAGGUCCUAGUAGUGAUUGUGGUUCUAGUGGUCAGUCAACGGUCACUACAGAAGAUCAAGUUGUAUUUAAAUUUAAAGGUUCUAAUAAAUCUAAUAAUGGUACAGAUGUAAACGCUGGCCAGAUUCCACAAAUUUUAUACAGAUUACCUUCUCGUGAUGGUCCAAGUGUUAUAAGAAGAACAGAACAUAUUGAACCAGCUCAUAUACUUAGUGAAGAUUUCUCUCAUUCUGUGUCACCAACGUGUUUUGAUUCAUUAUUGAGAUUAUUAGAUUGGGCUUGGAAUGUGUUCCAUACAGCUGUAAGUGAUAUAGAAAAUUUAAAGGGUGCCAGUCAUACAGCUGCUGUACAUGAUCUACAAAGAUUGGUUUAUAUCUGUCGAGCUUCUCUACGAUUACUCAAGAUAUAUGUCAAUGAAAUAUAUUCAGAUGGAGUAAGUAAAAAAAAGAAUUCCAUGGAAACAACAGAACUAGCUGAGAAGAUUGGAAAUGCUAGAGAUGUUUUAAAGAGAAUCCUGGCAGAAGAAAUAAAUCCCACCAAAUUUGAAGUCUUUUUAACCGAACCUGAAGGAAUGACCGAAUUUAAGGAGCAAAGAGAAGACAUCUUGAAUGAAUGUCAUAAAACAUUUAGUUCCUGUUUUCAUGCAUUUUACCCAACAGGAACCUUAAAAUGGUGGUGCUUAUGUGAUUUAUUAUGUCGCACGGAACCGAUGCUUAAAAAGAAAAAAGGUUCUAAUAAGUCAUUACCUAAUGCUGGAGGAGUUGGACGUCUGCUUGCUGCAGUUAUGGAGGCAAUGUGUCAUCCAGCCAUCAAACUAACAAAUAUCAUGCCAAUAAACUGUGAACCAGAAGCCGAGGAAAUACUGAGACGUCACUCGCUAUGUAUGGAUGACAAUACUAACAGUGCUGCUAGAAUGGGAGAGAUGCAUAAAUAUCCUAUAUUAGCUAGUCAUAUGAGUUUUAGAAUGGAGGUUGAUAGUGUUGCUGGUGGCAGCCAUAUUUCUUUUAAAGAAGUCUUAGAUCGUUUGUUAUUGAUUGUUACACUACCUGUUCGUCUUACACUCAACAAAGAUGUCUUUGAUUUUCCACAAUCCCUUGUGGCUAAUACAUGUGCUCUUCUAUCAACUAUUAUCAGUGAACUGGCUGCAACCGCAACAGGACUAGAAAUGGUUGAUUUUACUACAUCAUCCCGUCCACUGUUGGUAACACCAAAUCGUUUUACAAGAACUAGCCAGAGUCCAUUUUGGAAUACUGGUAAUGGUAGUCCUGAUGCUGUAGCUUUUACUGUUGAUAGACCAGGAAUUCUAAUAGCUGGUGUAUGUGUAUAUGGUGGUGGAGGAAAUUAUACAUAUGAAGUAGAAUUAUUAGAUGAGCAGCAGCCAGAGAUACGAGGAGCAGAGUUAUCUCAUACACAGAGAUGGAAUACAGUAGAAACAGUACGAGGGUCGUAUACACCAGAAGAUUGUGUUAAUGAUAUUGCCGAGAUCAGAUUUGACAGACCAGUUCCUAUCAAGGAAGGAGUAAAAUAUGCUGUAAAAUUAAAGAAUCGUGGAUCACGAACAUUAAAUGGUGAUGGUGGAAAGACUAAAGUAAAAUGUUCUGAUGGAACAACCUUCACCUUUACAGCCUGUUCUUUAAGUAGUAAUGGUAGCAAUCACAUGAGAGGUCAAAUUCCACAGAUAUUAUACUAUAGUGCUCCGCAAGAAGGUGAAAGCCAUCAACAAAGUAGCAAGAAUUUAGCCGAGUUACAGGCUCGUAAAAAUGCCAUUGAUAUUACUGGUGCCAUCUGUAUUAUAGCUACAGAUCUAUUACAUAGAGCUCAAGGUCUUGCAGGUGAUGAUGUCAGUGAAGUAUUGGGGAAAUCACAUCUAUUCUCAUCAUUAUUACCAUUAGCUCUGGCUUAUGUUGGUCCAGUAGCUUCACAAGAUCCUAGGGGAGCUGUACAAGUAUUAUAUUUAAUACAAGAUGUUUUACCAGCUGUAGCUGCUAUAACUAAACAGAUGGCUAAUCCUAUGAUUAACUCAUCAUCAACAUUUGAUUCAAGUAUAACAGAACAAGGCUCAUGUACUACAUCACAACAUUACGCUGUUGUUGAAAGUGAUCACCCGUAUAAACCUGCUUCUGUGGCUAAUUAUAAGGUUGAAUUUCCACCAUCAGUGAAAUGGUUAGCUAUAGAGUUUGAUCCACAAUGUGGUACAGCUCAAACUGAAGAUUCUCUACAACUCUACGUACCAGCAUGUAACCAAGAUACAACACUUCUAUCAUCAAAUGGUAGCAUGGAAAACAUUAAUCCAAAAAUUACACACUGGCCAUUACUCAAGAAAUUUUACGGCAACAAUAACUGGCCCAAACUAUCUGUUAUAUUACCAGGAAAUGAAGUUUUAUUUUCAUUGGAAACUGCCUCUGAUUAUGUUAAAGAUGAAAAAGCUUGUUUUUAUGGGUUUAAAUGUACAGUAAUAGGAUAUGAGUGGACAGCUAAACCAGAAGAGAGUAUUCUACAACUUGAGAAAGAGUUAGCAUAUCUGGGAGGAAUGUGUGCAGCAGCUUUAAUGAAGAAAGAUAUAGCUCUACCACCAGUUAAUAUGGAAGAGAAUGAGUUUUAUUAUAAUGUUUUGUAG